AUGAAAAAAAAUUUUAAAGUUAAACCAAUAAGGGAUUUUAUCAAGGAAUUCGAUGAUCCCAGACAAAUUCACCGUGCUCUACAAGAACAAAAAGAUGCCUUUUCUAGACUGGAUUUAAUUAAAAAAGAAAGGGAAAAAAUGGAUAUCGAUAUGGACAAACUUAACGUUGAGCUAGCGGAAUUUAAAUCAUACGUACACGACAAAUCGUUUAAAGUUGAAGACUAUAUAGACACGAUUGACGAAUGUGAAAAUAUUAUUAUAGAUGAAAAAUUGAAGCAGAACGAUUAUCAUAGAAAUAUUAAAUCUAUUGGUAUUAAUAUAAAAAAAUUAGACAAAAUCGUUCAAGAUGCCACUUCUCGCAUUGAAAGUUAUAAACCUUACGAGGAAUUUAUUUCAAAAGUAAUUGCGAAAAAUCCUCGAUACGAAAAUGUGUAUGACAUAAUCAAGCAUGUAGAGGAAAUGGCUUGUAUAAGAAACAUAGGUUCAAUAUUAAAAAUAUCCGAUUUGAAAGAAAAAGAAUCAAUCAAUAACGACAGCUCCGAAGAGAUUCAAUAUAAGAAACCUAAAAAUCACAAACUAAUUUUAAAUGUGAACUUUAACGACGCUCGAUCUUAUCUAGAUGAUCUAAAAAAGGCGGAUUUAAUGUACAUUAAGAGGAAGGCGCAUAUUAAAUCUGAAUAUAACAUUAAAAUACAUUUAAAUCCUGUCAAUCAAAUUUAUCUCAAGACGGAUCUGGAAAAAAUGAAGGAUAAGCAAAGAUUUGCACAAAUGGAAGACUUUCAAAAUGAAAUACAGGAAAGAGAAAAAGAAAAUAACUUUGUGAUCAGUUCAAUUUUACAUCAGUAUAGGGAAUUAUAUCUCAAAAAUAAUGGAAAAUUACCAACGGAAUUUCCCAUGGCAGAAGAACAGUUGGCAUACAUUUUUAAUUUCUACAAGAAACUAGUAAAACGAUUAGAAAUUUAUGAAAACUUAAAAUCAGGCAAAAAAACAGUGAAAGAUUACAUUUCAGAAACAAAAGACUAA